UUACAAUUAUACUUAACGAAUGUGGUUAAUAUUAAUAGGUCUCUUUGACCAUGUCUUCUGAAAAUCUAGAAAUCGUACAUGAAGGAUGGCUUACUAAGUCACCUCCUUCUAAAAGAGUAUUAAAAGCAGUCAGUGUCAAAUUGAAAUGGCGAAGAAGAUGGUUCGUACUUCGUCAUUCUGGUGAAUUACCUGGUCAAUAUUUUCUUGCAUAUUACACAGAUAAAAGUCGCAGAAAAAUGAAAGGUAGAAUUGACUUGGAUCAGUGUGAACAAGUGGAUGCUGGGCUAAGGUUUGAAGACCGUAAAUCAAAAUAUCAUUACAUGUUUGAUAUAAAAACACCAAAAAGAACUUAUUAUUUAGCAGCAGAAUCAGAAGAUGACAUGAACAAAUGGGUAGAUUUUGUCUGUCAUGUUUGUGGACUUAAACCAUUUACUGUUGAUGAGAACUCUGAAUUUGAGAGUUCUGUGAAUAAUAUUAUAUGUAGGCCAUUCCCUAUAAAUACAGAGGAACAAGAGGAAGAGCAUUCUUCCCCAGAUUCACCUAUCAGUAUAUCAUCAAGUCAUUAUAUACCUAUAAGUGAAUGUAUAUCUGGUAAACCAUUACUUCCAAUUCAUCCUAAUGGAGCAAUUGAAGAAUCUUAUGAUCUGCCUCGUCGGUUACGACCUACUCCACGACUUUCAGAAUCACCACCUCCAAGUCCAGGUUCGGAAUCAGUUUUUACUGAUGACGAUUCAAUUAGUGGUUGUAAUAUUAGUCGUCCUUCAGUUAAUUGGCAAACAUUUCCCCGUUUAUCUCAAAACUCACCAGACCUACCCAUUGCAGCUAAUAGAAGAUUUACUAAAAUAGGAAUGGAUGGACAACUAGCCGCUCCCCCAAGGCCUCCAAAACCAUCUCAUCUAUUGGAAACUUCAAUAAAAUCUGAAAAAUCAUUUGAAUCUACUGUUGGUGAUGAGACUUAUGACUUCCCUAGAUCUCAUCAAAUGAGUCCACCACAGGCACAACCUAGAGCACAUCGUAGACAUUGUUAUUCUAAUGCAGCCCCAGGUCAAGUUACUGGUAAUAUUUUUACAUAUGACUUUGUUGAAGAAAAUGGACAAAAAAAUGAAGAUGGAAAAAAUGCUGAAUCUGAUUCUCCAUGUUCAACCAAUUCUCCUUCAGCUAUUGCCAAUAUAAGCUCAGCUUCUUUAGAACAAACACCUCCUGCUAUAAAUAGACAGCUGAAACCUGGAAGAAAAUUUUCUGACACAUCUGCUGAACUUUCUCCACUUACUCCUUUAGCUAAUCCACCUAUUGUUAACCGAAGGUUGAAACCUACUCAAAUAAGGAAAACAACAGAUAUGUUUUAUGAUACAGCUAGUACUCUUAAAUUGUGUGCACCUCCUGCUGGAAGUUUAAAUCGUCGUAAAUCACGGAUGGGGCCCAAUGCUGUUCCUACAAAUUUUGAACCACUUAGUAGAAUUCAUAGGCGUCAUUCAGCAUCUGAUGAUAGAUUAGCUUCAGAUAAGGUAUCAUCAUAUCAGAUGAAUAAGAUUUCUUCAAAUUCGCGUUAUUUGGCUGAAGCAAGUCGCUUUAAUGACAUCCAAUAUUUAGAUCUUGAAUUUGAAUCUAGUGAUAAAUCAUAUUCAACUAAUAACAGAUCAACAUCCAAAACACCUACCAAAAAGAAAAAUAAUAAUGUUGGAGGUCAUUUUACUCUUGUUUCUAUGCAUGACUAUUCUAUGAUUGAUGGAGCUUAUCCAUACAAGACUGUUGAUUUCCUGAAGACAGCUGCUUUAUCUAUGAGUAGAAAAAGAGCAGAACAAGAAAGACGACUUGGUCAAAAUAUGGUUAAUUAAGGUUUUAAACAAAACAAGAAAAAUUAGGUGCUCAAUAGAUAAUGUAAUAAUAUAUUAAAUUUAAUAUACUAAUGAGUAACUCAGAGUAUAUUAAACACAAAUUUAAUACACUAUGAUGCCAUUUACUUGAACAUAUCAUAUAGGUCAAUUAUAUAGUUUUAUCACUGAAAUAUUACCAUAAAAAAAUUAUUUAUUCAGUUAAAAAUGUGGCUAUGUUCAACAACAUUGUGAGAGUUUCAUUCCCAGGACUUCAUAGAUUAUUUUUUAUAUUAAAAAAAAAAAAUUAUAUUAUCAUUAGGCUUUUAAUAUUAAUAUAAUAAUAUUAAUUAAAAUUGUUAUUAAGUUAAAUGUAAUAUCUAACUAUUUUAAUAUUUUUUAAAUAAUAAUUUAUUUUUUGCAUCUAAAAAAAUUGUUAAUUUAAUAUUUUUUAUUUAAUUUUUAAAUUUUUAUAAUUUCUUAAUUUUUUUUUUAGUAAUUAUAUAAAUAGCUCAAUGAUUAAUAAAAGUUAAUAUUUUGCUUAUUUUUUAUCAAUUUCCAUUUUUAUAUAUCUUGAAAUAGUUGACUAAAUUUUUAUUUUAGAAAAUUAAUGAGAAUUUUUAAGCAGUUUUGUGAUAAAAAAAAUAUAUGAUAUAAACAUAUCUUAAAUAUACAUUGUUCGUAGAGUAAUGAAAUAUUAAUUAAUAAUCUCUAUAUAUUUUAAAAGUUUUGUCAAUUGUGUAAAAAUUAUUCAAUAAUAACAAUUUAAUUAUUAUUUCUUUGUUAAAUCAUAUUUAUAUUUUAAAGUUAAAUUUGAUUUACAUUUGUUAGUGCUGACAAUCUGAUUUAUUAUGACUAGAUUGUACAAAAUUUAUUUGUUGAAAAAAUAAUUUGUUAAUGAUUUAUAAUAAGACUUUCUAUUAAAAUGUUUAAAUCUUUUGUUUUUAAAUUAAUUGUUAAAUUUGUAAUUAUGCAUUUUUAGGCGCUGG